AAAACUAUAUUUCCGUGUGAGAGAAUGAAAAAAAAUCAACAAAAGCAGAGAGUCCGUUAAAUCUUUUUUCCGUCGCGUAUAUGCCUCUGCCUAUACAACCUUAUCCGUCCACAAAAAGAAAAAGGCCCCGAAACGACACCGUUUCCUGCAUGGAAACAAAAACAGUAACUCUAUCUUCAUCAUGAAGCCACCAAUGGAAAUAGCAGCAAUAGCAGAAAGCUCCGAGGGCUUAGCAAUGGCGGCAGCUCUGAACUGCCACUUCUUCAAACCAUGGAGGAACCUAAAACCCGCUCGAUCUUCCAUCUCUUGCUCGGCUCAACCUUCACAGAAGAACAUAAAGGUUAUCGUAAAUGGAGCGGCAAAGGAGAUAGGAAGAGCCGCCGUGGUCGCGGUGACUAAGGCAAGAGGAAUGGAGUUAGCCGGUGCAGUGGACACCCGUUUUGUUGGUCUGGAUAUUGGCAAGCUGUGUGACAUGGAAGAGCCUUUAGAGAUACCUGUAAUGAGUGACCUCACUAUGGUCUUAGGCUCAAUCUCUCAGGCUAAAGAAACAGCUGUUGUCAUCGAUUUUACCGACCCGUCAACAGUUUAUGAAAAUGUGAAACAGGCCACAGCAUUUGGAAUGAAGAGUGUGGUGUACGUACCUCGGAUUAAGCCAGAGACAGUUUCAGCAUUGUCUGCAUUAUGUGAGAAAGCCACCAUGGGUUGUCUGGUAGCACCAACUCUAUCCAUUGGAUCUAUACUUCUGCAGCAGGCUGUAAUAAUGGCCUCCUUCCACUACAGCAAUGUAGAGAUCGUGGAGUCACGGCAAAAUGCAUCGGAUCUUCCCUCUCCAGACGCUAUCCAGAUUGCCAACAACAUUUCAAACCUUGGUCAGAUCUACAACAGGGAAGAUAUCUCAACAGAUGUGCAGGCAAGGGGUCAAGUUGUCGGAGAAGAUGGGGUUCGUGUCCAUAGCAUGGUUCUACCGGGACUACCAUCUAGUACCACAGUUUACUUCUCGAGCCCAGGAGAUGUUUACACUGUCAAACAUGACAUAACGGAUGUAAGGUCACUCAUGCCAGGCCUACUCCUUGCUAUCAGAAAGGUUGUUCGUCUUAAGAAUCUGGUGUACGGCCUCGAGAAAUUUCUGUAGGACUAAAGCGUUUUGCCAAUCUUCAAGACAUGGGUCAAAUUCUAUGUUACAGCAAGCAGCUCAUGUGGUCCUGCAAGCCAUAUAUUGGAAAAAGAGAGAGUAAACAAAAUGUCAGGCGAUCUUUUGACAUUUCAUCGAGAUAUGAUAAUUCAAAGAAUUACUCUAUAAGAUUUGACAUCAAAUAUUAGCCAUAUUGCAGAUGAAUUUGCAGCCUGGGUUAUAAUAUGCAAUGUCAUUUUAUGAUAUUUGAUAACGAAUAACAAAGAUUUUAUGUCAA